CGCCGCCUCCCGCGCUCGACCGCCGCAGCCCUUCACCCGCCACCGCCGCGCCCACCCUGCGCAGGACCCCGCGAGCGGUGGUGCGCGCACCCUGCAGAGCCCCGGUCGCGCCGAGCUGCCGCCAGACAUGACCGUGGUGCCCGGGGACCACCUGCUGGAGCCAGAGGCUGCGGGAGGCGGCGGUGGGGACCCGCCUCAGGGAGGCUGUGGCAGCGGCGGCGGAGGUGGCUGCGACCGCUACGAGCCGCUGCCGCCCGCGCUGCCCGCCGCGGGCGAGCAGGAAUGCUGCGGGGAGCGCGUGGUCAUCAACAUCUCGGGGCUGCGCUUCGAGACGCAGCUCAAGACCCUCUGCCAGUUCCCCGAGACGCUGCUGGGCGACCCCAAGCGGCGCAUGAGGUACUUCGACCCGCUCCGCAAUGAGUACUUCUUCGACCGCAACCGACCCAGCUUCGACGCCAUCCUCUACUACUACCAGUCGGGGGGCCGCAUCCGCCGACCGGUCAAUGUUCCCAUUGACAUCUUCUCCGAGGAGAUCCGCUUCUACCAGCUGGGUGAGGAGGCCAUGGAGAAGUUCCGUGAGGACGAGGGCUUCCUGCGGGAGGAGGAGCGGCCCCUGCCCCGCAGAGACUUCCAGCGUCAGGUGUGGCUGCUCUUCGAAUACCCCGAGAGCUCAGGGCCGGCCCGGGGCAUUGCCAUCGUGUCGGUGUUGGUCAUCCUCAUCUCCAUUGUCAUCUUUUGCUUAGAGACCCUGCCCGAGUUCCGCGAUGAGAAAGACUACCCCGCCUCCCCGUCCCAGGACAUGUUCGAGGCCAACAACAGCACGUCGGGGACCGCCUCUGGAGGCUCCAGCUUUUCGGACCCCUUCUUCGUGGUGGAAACCCUGUGCAUCAUCUGGUUCUCCUUUGAGCUGCUGGUGCGGUUCUUUGCUUGUCCCAGUAAAGCCACCUUCUCCAGAAAUAUCAUGAACCUGAUAGACAUUGUGGCCAUCAUCCCUUAUUUCAUCACUCUGGGCACCGAACUGGCUGAGCGACAGGGUAAUGGGCAGCAAGCCAUGUCUCUGGCCAUCCUUAGGGUCAUCCGCCUAGUAAGGGUCUUCCGCAUCUUCAAACUCUCCCGCCACUCUAAGGGGCUGCAGAUCCUGGGGCAGACACUGAAGGCAUCCAUGCGAGAGCUGGGGCUGCUCAUCUUCUUCCUCUUUAUAGGGGUCAUCCUCUUCUCCAGUGCUGUCUACUUUGCUGAGGCAGACGACCCUUCUUCGGGUUUUAACAGUAUCCCGGAUGCCUUCUGGUGGGCAGUGGUGACCAUGACAACUGUCGGCUAUGGUGAUAUGCACCCAGUGACCAUAGGAGGCAAGAUUGUGGGCUCACUUUGUGCCAUCGCAGGUGUCUUGACCAUUGCAUUGCCAGUUCCUGUGAUUGUUUCCAACUUCAAUUACUUCUACCACCGGGAGACAGAAGGGGAAGAGCAGGCCCAGUAUAUGCAUGUGGGAAGUUGCCAGCACCUCUCCUCUUCAGCCGAGGAGCUCCGAAAAGCCCGGAGUAACUCCACCCUGAGUCCCUCAAGAGAGCCCCACAUAAGGAAGUGCAGAGUGACCCUGACCAGAAGCAUGCUCAGUUUUAACUGCUUGGAUGAGAGCGGAAUGACAGUAACAUAUUUUCAUUUCAGUUAAUAUUCAGAGAUACAUCUCUAACAAAUGCUUCACUUGAAGGAAAGAACUCAGAACUGGAGGGUACUCUUCAUAUUAUGAGUGGUACAAAUGAUAUCAAGCAGGAGAGAAAAGAGGAACAUUAAAAAUAAAAAAUAUUUAAAAAAAUAAAAUAUUAAGGUAUCAUCUUAACCUGUUGACAUUCUGAUGGAGUCAAGACAUCCCCAAACUACAAUCAAUGUCACAGAUAAAGAUAACCUUGUGUGUGUUUCUAACAAGCCAACUAUUGCUGGGUUGUUUUUUUUCAUUCAAGUAUUGAACUGUAUUUAAUUGUGGAACAUGUUCCUAUCGUCUGUGUUCUGGGUUAGGUUUAACUUUAUCUGUGAGUGUGUGACUAUACCAAAGGCUUCCAUUGGUAGACCAUCCCAUUCACACAAAUAAGUGAAGUCAACACUGUGCCCAGAGGAGUGGUAUUAAAGAAACGUGCCUUGCCUGAUGAGACAUUCUUUUAUUUUUUAAUUCAAAAUGCUAGGUUAACAAAUUAGAUUUUAGGUAGGUUUUAGUUGACUUUAACUUUACAAAAAAAAUGUAGUAGUUCUUAUUCUGUUUAAGUUGUCUGUGUUAACUAAAAUUACAAUACUUAGUUAUACUUAGGCAUUUAUUAUAUAUCAAAUUCUAUUUUAUUUUCAUGGGAUGUUUGGUACGGUGAGACAAAGUACAUUCUUUAAGAUAUAUAUAAUAUCUCAUCUGAUGCUUAUAACUUUUCCUUCAAAGUUAUAUGUGUAAAAUAUUCUUUGACUCAUUUUCUAUUUUUAUAUUCUUUUAGAAAUGGAACUCUUUUUCAAUUAAAAAGGGGCAAAUUUUUAGUUGGAAAAGAGACUUGGGAGGUCAUAAAGAUGGCGUCCCAUUUGGGAACAUUUAACUUCUGUGCCAUUAUUGUAUUUACUGUGACAUCUCAGCAGAAUGGUAGCUAUUUGUAUAUUAUUUCAUAAGCCUUAUGGAAAGUCAAACUGUGAACAUUCAAUAUGUACACUACUUUAUUCACUUGCAUAGUUUAUUGUCAAAAUAUGCCUGAACAAGUGCAUAAAAAGUAAUGAGUACUUUUAGAAGUUUAAUCAUAUGAUGACCUAAAAAUUCAAAUGAUGAAUUUCAUUAAUCAUAAGAACCUUAGCUAACAGCCACUUACCUAGUAACCCCCAAAUAGGUAGAAACACAAUCCAGGUAACUUUCUUUGAGGCAAUGUCUAAAGUGAAGUUUUAAUAAUCUCCUGGUAAUUUCUUCAUGUCAAAACAUGGAGACCAUAUCACUAUCAUUUUAAUGAUGAUAAAGGGAUGACAGCUGUCUUUGCUUUGAGUGAUGUGAGCCUCCAAUAGAAAUGGCCAUGAGUACAGUGAGAAUACAGCCACCACCUUGUUUUUGUUAAUGUUCGCUCAUGUUGUAGAGAUACUGGCACUGGGAAUAGUGAGCCCUUUGCAGUCGUCUGACUCCUCAUAACUGAUGGCCACAGCCUCGUUAGCAGUAAAGCGAUCCUGGUGGAUGAAAACAAACCAGGGGUUCUUAAACGUUCAGGUGUUUGUGUAAGGAUCAGUAGGUGUUGCCAAAUUGUGCAAGAAAUACCUUCAUAUAAUGACACAUCUUUAAACAAUGUAUUGUAUGUAAUAGUAUAUCUCUUUUAGAAUUAUAGGCUACGGUUCAAAUAAAGACAAAAUCUGGAAUUUUGCACACACACACACACACCAAAGAAGAGCUCAGAACAGUAUCAGAUGCAUAACAUACUAAAACAUUCACAUGAUGAGUGGUAAAAAUAGCAUGAGCUUAGAUAACAGGAUACUGGCAUUCUUACCCACUGCCUACCUCUGGGACCCCAGGUAAGUCAUUAGCAUUGCUAGACUUUAGUUUCUUGAAUUGCAGAGUGGGCAUGCCAGGUUCGGCAAACUCAAAAGCCCUUUCCCGCUAUCAAAUCCUGUUACACACAUCUCUUGAAAAAUGCUUUGAAGAAUACUUACACACUAGGAUUUUAUAUGCAUUUCUAAAGAAUAAAUUGAAAUAAGAUUUAAGCUUUGAAAGUGCCAUGAAAUAUCUCAUUCUUCAAAUUGUGAGAAGAGGAAAUAGGAUUUCUUCUCCUUUAAGAUCUUUCACUCAUCUAUAAUAGGAUCAUGAAAAACGGAGGGGUGGGGCAUCCCUCUGUAGAAGGGAAGCAGAUUAAUGAAACAGCUAACAAGAUGGGGCAGGUAUUGGUAACAUUAAUUGGAUGUUAAGGUGAUUUGCACAGUGUACAUGAAACGCUGAAAUGGUCCCAGAACUUUACUGCACAUUAGGAGACUAAAGGUAGGAAAAGAUGGGAAAAGACCGGAGAACAGAAGUGUUUGCCUUAUUCUCUCCUUGUUCUUUUUACACACGGGAGCUCAAAUGGGGAUAUGCAUUGCAAUACUGAGUCUGCCGAGCACUCAUUGCCCCCAGGAAAGUCCGUUCAACUUCUCAGAACUCCAGUUUCUUAAUCUAUAAAGAGUUUAAAUUUGAAUUUAGUAAUCUGCAUAUUUCUUUUCAUCUUUUAAUGUUCUGCAGCAUUCCAGGUUCUUAAAACAUUUGCACAAAUACCUGUAUGUGUUGAUUCCCCCCAUCGGUCACUAUGAUGCCGUAGAGUUUUCAAGAAACUGGGUAGAUUAUGAACUCAGACAUGUGUAUUCCUAAUACUGCUAUUUGACCUCGACAAGACCUGAAAAACUUAGACCUCAUUCUCAUUCAGAUCUGGCUAAAUUGUUAAAACUUGUCAUUUCAUCUUUUAAUGUUGAAUUCAUUCCCUAAACAAAUGUCUUUUCACGUUACUCUCCACAACUCGUUGUAAUUUAAUAAUCAAAUAUAUUGGCAUACCAGUGAACUAUAGCUGACUGUAAGAUACAAUUUUUGUCACAUUUAAAAGUUAAUGCCCUCUUGGUCCCAGAAACUAUAACUAUAAUAUAAAAGAAUAUUCAUAAAUUUUGUGAAUUUUUUUUAAUACAAAGGAGGCCCAAUGGAGCCAUACUGUAAUUCGUUUUGCUCAGGAGUGAGAAAAACAUUCAGGGAUACCCAAACACUUCUGUUUGGCAUUAGUGGACAAUUGAGGAAAGAAGGGUUAUAUCUUUUGCACAACAAAGAUGACAGGUGACGAUGCCCAUUAAAAAUGGGAGUAUUUUCUGGUGACUGACUUUAGUGUAGGAAGAAAUAAGUUAGAAGAACACCAGAGUCAGACACUAGAAAACUUAUUAAAAUGGUAAUGGUCCAUUGAAUAACGGAAAUAUUUUUGUCAUACUGAGAUCCUUUGUCCAGAAAGUUAAGUCCUAUUUCCUUUCCAUUCAGAAAGGGGCAGGUUUCAGAUGCCUCUGUCAUAAUAGGAAAUGUAUAUUUUGACUAGUGGAGAAAUUAGCUAAAGCAUCUAAUCUGAUCAUUUUAGUUUUGUGAAUCUGAAGUUUCAUCGUAGGUGUAGUUUAGUCUCUUGCAUAUGUGAUAGUGUCCGUGAUCUUGAGGAAUGAUUUCAUUAGUUUUGUGUUUCUUUUUAAGUUGAUAAAAUAUGCUAAGUGGUGAUUCCAGCAUACCAUGUUAAUGCUGUAUCCUACAACCAUUUGUGAACAAACCACAGUGUUCCUCUUCUGGUAAAUUGUUUCUGUGGUGUGAUUGUCUCAUGCGGGGGGUGGGGGUGGGGAGGUUAAGUAUUUAGUUAAAAUGUCAAAGUGUUUUUCUUAAAUGCCAUAAAAUUGUGUGACAUUAAACCAAAUAGGAAUAUCCUCUUUUUCAACUGUUAGAGAACUUUAUAGACUACUUUGGGGACUACCCCAUAAAUGCUAUCAUUUGUGGUUUUUUUUAAGCUUAUAUAUUAUAGGUGUAACAUACAAUAUAUACCACAUACAAAGGAAAGCAAACAGUGUAUGUAGUGUUUCUUGGAGUCUACAUGUGUCUGUUUACACAAAUACUUAUGCAUUGCAAAGACCAUCAACAUAUUCUGUUUCAUUUCUAAAGCACUGCCCACAUGAAUUACUAAUAGUAUCUAGAGUUUAGAGAUAGAGCAGUCAAGGUGUUAAAGAGUCAAGUGACUUACCAUAGACCAUGUGCCCAUAAGUGACUCUAAAUGUCAUUCAUUCUUUUUGCACUUGUCAUCCUGGCAUGUGUGUGUUCUCUCUCGCGUUGUAUUUCAAACCUAAACUUCAAAAGAUGUGUUGAAAUUUUAAUGUUGUAGGGAAAUGGAGUCAUUGGGAUUAUUUUAGACCUUCUUAGAUAACUUCCAACCUCUGCCUACUACUGUAAUACCCAAAGAUUUUAUCAACUAAAACAUAAGUCCCCACACACAAGUCUUAUACACCCUCAUAUCCAUUUAAUGCCACCAUGCCAAAACUAAAUUGCUCUUCAUCGAUCUCCUUUACUUGCUUUUUUACAAGCCCAUCAUAACAGCUAAUUUCUGAACAGUUUUUUAAAGCAACUAGAGAAAUUGCAGCUGUUCUGACUCAAAGGGAAAAAAACUAGGCCCCAUAGCAAUCAUUUUUUAGCUUUCAGUUUGUGUAUGACUGGAGGAAACGAGAGAAGGGAGUUGGGAGGGUGUGUAUAUUCUAGUGAAACUAUCCUUUCCAGUAACUAUGUAGAAAUACUGGAUUAUUAAGUCAUAAGUAGCAGUUUGAUAACAUUAGCCAUAGUUCAAUUACUGGUAAGCUUUCCACUCAUUUAAUGAUAUACUUAAGGAUUUUCCCAACUUACAUUACAACCCAAUGACUUCUCAGUUUGAAUAUGAAGAACAGUCAUGUUUCAACCCAUGACCAAUACUCCAUUUUUGUUCUCAAGUAUCAGGUAGCCAAUAGUACUGCUUACCCUUGUAAAUCAAUAGUCUGUGAUUCGUUCUGUACUUCUGUGUGCAAUGCAGUGUUAACUGUGAAUAUUUAAAGAAAAUGUGUUAUACUGGCAUUUAAUAUUUCCUAACAUUGACUUCAGUUUUCCCCAUCGAGUAGGUAAGUAAACCAAGUAUUAUUUUGUAUGAAAUGAAGUAAUAUUUAUUCUUAAUAACAACAGUAUUCUAACUACAAUGUCAAAUCAAACAUGCAUUUUAUAUUUUUAUAUUCGUUUUCUUUUGACAUUGAGUUAGGUCAAUUUACCAUGUAGUAAUGUAAAGUUAAGUUUUUAUGCCAUGUUUGCUGCUUAAUUUGGGGCCUUUUGUUAAGUAAAUACCUAUGAGUUUUAAUUCUGUGAUAUUUUCUUGUGAUGACUUUUUCAAUUUGUCAUUGGACUGGAAGUGUUUAUUGCAAAUGUUAAAAACAUAAUCCAAUAAAACACCUGGAAAUGUUCUGUUGCAG